AUGAGGCCGACCCGCACGAGCUCUUCCCGUUCCUGCCGGAGGAGCCGGUGCCGGGGAUGCCGCUCGCGGAGGCCGAGCUCGUCGCGGACCCCGAGUUUCCGCACGCUGGCGAACGAACUGGUGGACCUGCGCAGGAACCCGGAGGCCAGCCCGCAGGCGCUGCGCGCCGCGGAGGCGGCGCUGGCCGACCACGCUGCCGAGGUGGCGGCCGCGAAGCUGCGCGCGACGGAGGAGGCGCAGGCGCACUACCCGUUCCUGUCGAAGCGCGUCGCGGGCGUGCCGCUGAGCGAGCUGCCGCUGGCGCAGGACGAGCUGUUCCAGGCGCUGGUGGCGCAGCGCGCGCCGCUGCUGCGGGAGCCGGAGGCGAACGCCCAGCCGCUGCGUGCCGUGGAGGACCAGCUGCGCAACCGCGCAGCGGUGCUUGCGGACGCCAAGGAGAAGCUGGACGCCAUCCACGCCGCGGACAGCGACGAGGUGCGUGCGCACAACCCGUUCCUGCCGCACAGCGACGUGCGCGGGGUGCCGCUGCGCGAGCUGGGCCUGUCGCAGGACGCCGAGUACGUGGACAAGUGGCUGGACCGGCUGCGGCUGAUGGAGCACCCGGAGGAGAACCGGCCCGCCAUCCAGGCCGUCGAGGGCGCGCUGCGCGACCGCGCCGAGGAGCUGGCGCGGGACAAGCUGCGCGCGGAGGACGAGCUGCUGGCGAAGCACCCCUUCGUGGCACGGCCGCCGGGUGCGCCGCUGCUGGCGUCGCUAGGCGUGCCGGUGGACGAGCAGUUCCGACAGAUGGCGCAGGAGCACGCGGCGCUUGCGGAGGAGCCGGUGCGCAACGCCGAGCCGCUGCGCGCGGUGGAGAAGGCGAUGCAGGCCCGUGUGGCCGCGCUGGCUGCCGCGGACGCCGAGGAGACGCUGAAGCCGGCGGAGGCUGCGCGGGUGCUGGUGCGCGAGCACCUGAUGUGCGUGCCGUACGUGCACCCCGACGUGCCCAAGGACGCGAUCUUCAGCGAGCUGGCGGAGAAGCGUGACGCGCUGCUGAGCGACCUGGAGCGCAACGCGGCGCCGCUGCGCGCGGUGGAGGAGGAGAUGCACGAGCGCGCGGUGCAGGUGGCGGCGCAGCACAAGCGCCGCACGCGCCCGGAGCGUCGGCUCUCCACUGUGCAGAUGACGGACGUGGAGCCGGAGAAGGCCGGCGAGGUGCGGGAGCAGGAGGCGGACACGGCGCCGUUGCUGUCGGGCACGGAGGUGCGCGACCCGUACUACCAAGAGCUGGUGGCGCUGCGCGCCUCGCUGGUGGAGGCGGGUCCGAGGCGCUACGCGGACACGAUCCGCGCGGUGGAGGAGCAGAUGAAGGACCGCGCAGUGCAGCUGCACAGGGACAACGAGCGUGCCGCCGCGGCCCGCGAGCGCGUGCGCGACGCGCUGCUGGAGCAGUACCCGUUCCUGCCGAAGGACCUCCACGGCAUCCCGCUGGAGGAUCUGCCGCUGCGCGACGACGACGAGUUCGUCGACGCGGAGCAGGAGCGCGCGCGCCUGGCCGCGGAGCCGGUGCGCAACGCCGAGACGCUGCGCGCCGCGGAGGACCGGAUGAGGGCGCGCGCGGGGAAGGUGGCGGACGUGGCUGCGGCCACCGAGGAGGCGCUGCGUGAAAGGCUGCCGUUUGUGGAGGUGGGCAAGGUACCGCUGCGCAGCAUGGGGCUGGAGUCGUGGCCGGAGUUCGCGGCGCUGCUGGCGCAGCUGGAGGAGCUGGCCAAGGACCACCCGGCGGCGGCGAAGGGGCCGGAGGCGCGGCGGCUGGAGAAGGCCAUGGUGGACCUGGCCAAGCUGCGGGCCUACGACGAGGCGGCGGCGACGCAGUGCGACGCGAUGAAGGAGGCCGACCUGCACGAGCGCUUCCCGUUCCUGCCGGAGGAGCCGGUGCCGGGGAUGCCGCUCGCGGAGGCCGAGCUCGUCGCGGACCCCGAGUUCCGCACGCUGGCGAACGAACUGGUGGACCUGCGCAGGAACCCGGAGGCCAGCCCGCAGGCGCUGCGCGCCGCGGAGGCGGCGCUGGCCGACCACGCUGCCGAGGUGGCGGCCGCGAAGCUGCGCGCGACGGAGGAGGCGCAGGCGCACUACCCGUUCCUGUCGAAGCGCGUCGCGGGCGUGCCGCUGAGCGAGCUGCCGCUGGCGCAGGACGAGCUGUUCCAGGCGCUGGUGGCGCAGCGCGCGCCGCUGCUGCGGGAGCCGGAGGCGAACGCCCAGCCGCUGCGUGCCGUGGAGGACCAGCUGCGCAACCGCGCAGCGGUGCUUGCGGACGCCAAGGAGAAGCUGGACGCCAUCCACGCCGCGGACAGCGACGAGGUGCGUGCGCACAACCCGUUCCUGCCGCACAGCGACGUGCGCGGGGUGCCGCUGCGCGAGCUGGGCCUGUCGCAGGACGCCGAGUACGUGGACAAGUGGGUGGACCGGCUGCGGCUGAUGGAGCACCCGGAGGAGAACCGGCCCGCCAUCCAGGCCGUCGAGGGCGCGCUGCGCGAUGGUCAGGUAUGA